AGAGCUGUAGUAUCGAAUAGUAGGUUAAUAGGAUAUGACGUAAUUGCCACUCUUAUUACAACAUGGAGGAGUACGCACGUGAACCUUGCCCAUGGCGAAUCGUGGACGAUUGUGGCGGGGCCUUCACAAUGGGUGCCAUCGGUGGAGCUGUGUUCCAGAGUAUUAAAGGAUUCAGAAAUGCACCUAGUGGACUAAAUAGACGAUUAAUGGGCAGUGUGAUAUCAAUAAAAGAACGUGCACCAAUCAUAGGAGGUAACUUUGCCGUCUGGGGUGGACUUUUCUCUACGAUCGACUGCACACUUGUACACAUACGUAAGAAGGAGGAUCCCUGGAACUCUAUAACGAGCGGCGCGCUAACCGGCGGCAUUCUAGCCGUGCGAAAUGGAGCCGGUGCCAUGGUAGGUUCGGCAAUCAUUGGUGGAGUACUCUUAGCAUUGAUAGAAGGCGUUGGAAUUAUGUUCACACGUUUUUCGGCAGAGCAGUUUAGACCAGUCAAUCCACAGAUGGAGCCACCUCCGGGAUUCAACCCAGCAGCAGAAGCAACACCAUCAGUAGGAAGAGAGCAGCCAGGUUUCAGCGUGCCAUUCUGGAAUAGUGAGGAUAAGCAGACGAGCUAAUGUCACAGCGGGUACUAACGUGCAGUAGUGUUUACGGGGGAGGACCGACGACGAGAGGGGGUCACUUCCCGACAUGCGUGGGUGGGUCGUCUGCAACAAGGAGCUAAAUAUAACAAGGAGAGGAAGCGGAUUGGCUGUGUGGUUUUCGCUUCAAGGACGCCAUCUAUGGA